ACUUUAUCUAAUUGCAGGUUCAUGGUUUGUUACAUCUUUUGGGAUUUGAUCAUGAAAUAAGCGAAGAGGCUGAAGUAGAAAUGGAAAGAGAGGAGGAAAUCCUUUUAAGAAGUCUUGAUUGGAAGGGAAAAGGGCUAAUAAAGAGUGCAUGUGAUGCUGAAACAAACUCAAAUUUUCACCAAGACAGUUCAGAUGAUGAAUUGUCAAAAGACAGGAAGAAAGAAGGCAGUCUUAGAUUUUAUAAACCAAAGUUCAGCUAUAUCUUCUGUGAUAUGGAUGGAACAUUGCUGAACAGCAAAUGUCAAAUUUCCUCUGCAACUGUCAAUGCUUUGAGAGAGGCAUCAUCAAGGGGUGUGAAAAUUGUGAUAGCUACUGGAAAAGCUCGUCCAGCUGUGAUAGACAUCUUUAAAAUGGUAGAUUUAGCUGGAAAAGAUGGCAUUGUUUCAGAAUUUUCUCCUGGGGUUUUUGUACAGGGAUUGCUUGUUUAUGGUAGACAAGGUCAGGAAAUAUUUAGGAGCAACUUAGAUCCAAAUAUCUGUAGAGAGGCAUGUCUUUACUCUUUGGAGAGCAAGGUUCCACUUAUUGCAUUUUGUGAAGGGCGCUGCUUAACCCUAUUUCAUGAUCCGCUUGUUGAUUCACUGCAUACAAUAUACCAUGAACCAAAGGCUGAGGUCAUGCCUUCUGUUGAACAUCUAUUGGCUUCUGCUAGCAUACAGAAAAUUCUUUUCUUAGAUACUGCCCAGGGGGUGGCUGAUACCUUACGGCCAUACUGGUCAGAUGCUACAAAGGGUCGUGCAACUGUUGUUCAAGCUGUGCCAGACAUCCUGGAAAUUGUACCGUUGGGAACAUCAAAAGGGAACGGAGUAAAACUGCUGCUAGAUCAUUUGGGGGUUACUGCUAAGGAGAUAAUGGCAAUUGGUGACGGGGAAAAUGAUGUGGAGAUGCUUGAGCUGGCUUCUCUAGGCAUCGCACUUAAUAAUGGAUCAGAGAAGACCAAAGCUGUGGCUAACGUAAUUGGUUUAAGCAAUGAUGAAGAUGGUGUGGCAGAUGCCAUCUACCGGUAUGCAUUCUGAGCAGCAAACAGAAGGCUACAAUAAGUAUUUCAUUCAAAUUCUAUAGGGGUUCAAGCAAUUACCCCUGAUUAAUUAUUUUUUUCCCUCUUCUAUUUUCUUUCACAAAACAGUUAAAGCUGAGGAAAGUACAGCAUUUCAUCAUUUAUCUCAAACAUUAGAAGAAUUUGUAACUAGUCCUUUGAAGGUUUCAUAGGGUUUAUGCCUUUAGGCACGACAUUUUUGCGCGCUUCCCUUUUUUUAAUGUGAAAUAUCAAAGGAAAAUUCACUAA